AUGAUCGGUGUUAUAUCAAUUUUUUAUCUGUUGCUUGCGACUUAUUUUUCGAGCACCGAUGAACUGACGAAAUAUUCUGCCUCAUCUCUUAGUGAACUAAAUUUGCUCAAAAAACCACUGAACUUAUAUAUCACGGCGAAUGGUGUUCAUAAUGUUAACUUGUAUUAUUUGGAAGCGAAACCGCCGUUUAAAAUUAAAUAUCAUGGCGAUUUGCUUUAUUUGCAUGGAGCAGCCUACUCCUCGCGCGACUGGAACAGAGGCAGGCCUUCGAUCAUACAAAUGACUGCCAGUGCAGGAUAUCGCGUAAUUGCGAUCGAUUUACCUGGAUUCAGAAACAGUCGUUCUGAAGGUUCUGUACCAAGUGACCCUGCGAAAUUUCUCGACUCAGUCAUCAAAACUCUGGACCUAAAAAAACCAAUCAUUGUGAGUCCAUCGGCUAGUGGCAGCUAUUCUGCCCGUUACGUGCUUGCAAAUCAGGAAAAACUGAGUGGUUUCGUGCCUGUUGCACCAUGUUGUGCCCAGCACAGUGGAUGGGAAAAUUUCACGGUCAGUUUGAAUAUUUUGACAAUGACCAGCAAGAAAAAACCAGUCAUUCUGAGUCCACCAGCUAGCAGCAACCUUUAUAACUUUAAUGCAUUUUUGAAGCAAUGCAAAAAUACAGAUUGUUAA